GGGCGGCGUUCGAAGAGGGAGGCGCGGAUCUCCAGCAAGGGCAGCGGCUGGGCGAGGUCCUCGGGUGCCGUGAAGAGAGGACAGUCCCAGCGGUUGCGCGAGUCCGGCGGCUCCAAAGGAGGGCGGUCCGGGCGGGCGGCGCCUCCGAGGCAAAGGACCAAGCAGUGCGGCGUCCCCGCGUGCUUGCUGAGGCAGUAGAGCUCGUAGCGGAAGCUCUUCAGCUCGCUGCCCGCGUCCACAAUCACCACGUCCCGCCGGCUCAGCAGCCGCUCAGCCUCCGUCCUCAAGGCAGCCCUCUUGCCGCCGUCUCCUCCUCCUCCACCACCGGCCACGUUCGCCUCGGCCACUACGAAAACUCGCCGCUCUCCUCCUUCCUCAGCGCUCAGCGCCGUCCUCAGUUCUUCAGCGCGCCGAGUCUUGCCGCUCCCCGGCAGCCCGCACAGCACAACCAGCGGCAUCGCGUCUUUUACCUCAGUCACUCCGGGACCAAGUCCUUGUCAACAUUUUUCAAAUCUUAUCCAUAGGACCUUUCCACCCUACACCAAAAUGGUGGAGGCCGCGUUUCGCGUAUAGUUCCCUGAACAAAUAUGCCUUCUGAGAGCGCUUUUUCCCCUCCUCCCCUCUUCCUUCAAGCGUUCUAUCUACUACUACGACGACGACUUCUAUAUUCAUAGACCAUAGAGAUAUCCCAUGCUGUCGCAUCAUGUACAGAGGCUGGGAAGGGAUUGGGUUUCCCACUGGUGUCUCACUCAAAGACUUUUCCGGGAUGGUCAAGCUUUUCAGCAUAUGAAGCAGAUUGAGUCUUGUUGCCCACAUUUGAACCUUCAGGAUCGCCCAGUGAGGUGGAGGCUUCCUCUGCUCUGGAACUGGCAUCUUCCCAACCUCACACAAAACUCUUCCAUUCAUCUCUGUCCUGCUAUGAUGAAAGCAGAGGGAGACGAGCCACAUUUAAAGCGACGACGAAGAAGUAGCAGAGAUCAGGACAUUAGUCACAGUCCUAAUGAAAAAUUGAGUACCUUAUCUUCAAAUGAAGCAUCCUCGUCUCCUCCUCAACAUGAAGAGGGAAGUGCUCAAAAACCAAGAGGUGUGGUCAAAAGACUCUGGGAAUACUAUUGUGAGAAAAGUAAAAAGAUGAAGGUCCUUGAAGAGGAUCAGCCAAUCAGCCAGGAUCAUCAAGACACACCAGUAAAGUUUGAUUUUACUGUGCUGUCGUACAACAUCCUUUCCCAGGAUUUGUUGGAAGACAACUCCCACCUGUACAAACACUGCAGACAGCAAAUAUUAGCCUGGGAUCAUCGGUUUCCCAACAUUCUUGCAGAGAUCAGACAGAUGGAUGCUGAUGUACUUUGUUUACAAGAGGUACAGGAAGACCACUAUGGAACAGAGAUUAAGCCAAGUUUGGAAGUCUUAGGCUAUCAUUGUGAGUACAAGAUGAGAACAGGAAGGAAGCCGGAUGGCUGUGCUAUUUGCUUCAAGACCUCCAAGUUCCGUCUCCUCUCCUCAAACCCAGUGGAAUUCUUCCGCUGCAACAUCCCGCUCUUGGACAGAGAUAACGUGGGCCUGGUCUUGCUCUUGCAGCCUCAGUUUUCCUGCAAGGCCCCCACAGCAGCCAUCUGCGUGGCCAAUACCCAUCUGCUGUAUAACCCAAGGCGGGGGGACAUUAAGCUAACCCAGCUAGCUAUGCUGCUGGCAGAAAUUACCAACGUAGCCAAGCAGGAAGAUGGGCGGUUCUGCCCCCUUGUCGUCUGCGGUGACUUCAAUUCCGUCCCUCACUCUCCACUGUACAAUUUCUUAAAGGACGGCAAGCUGAACUAUGAAGGACUGGCAAUAGGGAAAGUGUCUGGCCAGGAACAGUCCCCAAGGGGCAAUAGGAUACUUACUAUCCCCAUUUGGCCUCAGAGCCUCGGCAUUUCUCAGGACUGCAUGUAUGAGGAACAAGAGAAGCAGCUAGAAAAAGAGAGAGAGACACAAGAGACUAAAGAAGCAAGCUUGGAAAAUUCAGAAGGGAUCAUAAUAGUAGCAAAACGACUACCCACAGAUUUGCAGCACUGUUUUCGAUUGUCUUCAGUCUACUCUCAUUAUCUGUCAGACAGUGGAGCCCCAGAAAUAACCACUUGCCACUCCAGAAGUGCAGUCACCGUGGAUUACAUCUUCUAUUCUGCAGCAAAGGACAACAGUAGAGCUGCAGAGCCAGUUUCUAAAGAUGUCUUUGACGGAGGCCUGAAUCUUCUUGGUCGAUUAUCCCUGGUAACAGAACAAGAUCUGUGGGCUGUCAAUGGGCUUCCCAACGAAGCCAACUCUUCUGAUCAUCUCCCUCUCCUAGCUAAAUUCAGGCUGGAAGAAUAACACCAAAAUAAUUAUGGCUGGUCUGUCUUUUUCCCUCUCUUUCCUUUUGCUUAAUUCUACAACAGCAAAAAAAGACUGGAGACUGCAUGCCUCCUGGGUGGAUUUUUAAUACAGAUACAUGUAUAUUAUAGAUUAUCAGAGGCACUUGGAUUAAAAAAAAAGGCAAGCGGGAGUUUUACAUUGGGAUUCCUUUUCUAAUAGUGGAAGGUAUUUGUGCAGUAUUUUUUUUACAAAAAUGUAUUUCCUUUUCAGAGAUGGUAUAAAGUGCUUUCUAAAAUAAAGACGGUGAUCAGGUUUCUAUUUA